AUGUCGACGAAUUCCCUAGUGGCAGCCUAUGCCUCUGAUUCGGACUCGGACGAUGCGCCAUCGACGGCGCCAGAGAAGCUAGACGCCACACCGAAGGCAGAAGCGCCGGAGCCCGGCUUCCAAAUGGGACUCCCAGCCCCGAAAUAUGCCCAUCGUGCGACGGUUCGGCGGCAAAUCAAGGUUGAGGCAGCCCCGGACUUGGCGCCCGAGCCGCCAGCCCCAGCGACCAAGAGGCCUCGUAUGGAUGCCUCAGAUGCUCGCUCGCACUCUCUCCUCAGUAUGCUACCCGAGCCGCAGCGAAAAGAGCCACUGCGGAGACCUGUGGACACUGACGCGCCCAAGGAGACAGCCGUGGACGACGACGUCCGCUUAGUCGUUCAUGAUACAGGCGAAACGAAAGAGAAAAAAGGGAACGAAGAUUUUCGCGCCAUGCUGGGGCUCAAGCCAAAGACACAGAAACCUGCCGCUAGCAAGGCACCGGUCGUCAUCCAAGCCCCUCCGCCUGCCCAGCCUACGGCGACUAAGGAAAAAGCGCCACAGGCGCCUACGUAUACCCUUUCCCUAUCAGCUGCACCUGAAGUGCACGAGCGAGUGCACGAGCCGCAGCCCGAGCCGCAGCCGGCGUCCUACCCGGGCUGGAAGCAAGAUGCCGACGGCGGUUGGUACCCUGUCACGCCGGAAGCCCAUGCUCAAUACGCCGCAUGGGCGAACUAUGCGCAGCAGCAAGCAGAAGCUGCGGCUCUGUCACAAGUGCCUGCGAAGGCACCUCUGGCCGACUUCGACGUGGCCGCCGAGAUGCAGCGUGCCGCACCAUCGCGCCCGGCACAAACGCCGCCGCCCAAGCCUGAGCGUGAGAAUCUCGUAUCGGAGAAGCUCCGCACUGACAAGUUCACCAACAUGCGCGCUCGGACCCGCGGACAGCUGACUUCGCUCCUCGCCAUGGCGCAUGAGAACCGGCCUAUGCUAGAGGAGAAGUGGGCGCAAGGGAAGAGCAAAAUGCGCGAGAACAAGAAGCGGUACGGAUUCUGA